CCGUGCCACGGUCAGUCCGCUCCCGCCAACGAACACGAGAACACGGUUCGCUGCUUCUACUUCGUGGUUCACAGAGAGAGUCUCGAGACAGCAAACCCCAUUCAGCUUCGUGGUUUAGAGAAGAGUUUCGAGACAGCAAAUCCAACACCAUGUCGAGCCCGAGGAAGUUCUUCGUGAUCGGAAACUGGAAGAUGAACGUUGACAAGAACCGAAUCAACGGUAUUGUGAAGAUGAUGAACAAUGCGGCACUUGACGCCAACACAGAAGCGGUGGUUGGCUGUCCAUCAUGCUAUCUCUCAUAUGCCAGAGAACACCUCACCCACAAUAUUGGCAUUGCUGCGCAGAAUUGCUACAAGGUUGCCCGUGGUAACUUCAGCGGCGAGAUUUCUCCGGAGAUGAUCAAGGACUGCGGCUGCGACUGGGUCAUCCUGGGUCACCCUGAGCGCAGGACCGUCUUCAACGAGCCAGAUAGCUUCAUCGCCGAGAAGGUCGCUCAUGCACAAGAAGCUGGGAUGAAGAUAAUCGCUUGUCUGUGCGAGACAACUGAUGACCGCCAGAAAGGACGCACGGAGGAGGUGCUGUUCAAGCAACUGACUUCACUCGCCGCCGCCAUCACCGACUGGUCCCGCGUGGUCCUUGCCUUCGAGGCCCUGUGGGCAAGCAAUACGGGCGUCUUCGCCACCAACCAGCAGGUGCAGGAUGCCCUGGGUCUCGUGCGGAACUGGUUGCGGAACAACGUGAGCGACAAAGUGGCCGACACAACACGCCUCAUCUACGCGGGGUCGGUCUCUUCCGACAACUGCCGCGAGAUGGCGUCGCUGGAGAACCUCGACGGGUUCCUGGUGGGGGGCGCUUCCCUCAAGCCAGACAUCGUGGACAUCAUUAACUCCCGCCGUAGCCACGUGUCUGAACUCCUGACGUCGCUGCGCAUUGAGGAACAGCAGGGAUAAAGUAGGAACUCCGAGUUUUCCUUCGUAUCGGCCAGUAGCCUGGAAUGGGCGUCGACGAAGAAUGACACACUUACGUCCAUUUACCUUUCGUCCAUUUACCUUUCGUGCAAAUCAUAUUUAGUAGCUAUUGUUACUAGUUAUUUACUUUUAUGUAUUACUUAGGGCACUUACAGACGAAAAGACAGCAACAACAUCGAGUACAAACACAAGAAAUCUAUAAACAUAAAACCACAACGGAGCUUAUAGAAUCCCUACUUGUAGUGUUAUUCGUGUAAUGCUCGCAAAGUCCUUUUUUGUACAUAGGUUGCACAUUCCAUUGAAGACGGUGCAUCCAAGCAACAUUGGGCUUAAUGUAAAUAGCAGAAAUGCAUGCAGUCUUUUUAUAUACAUAGGAUGCACAUUCAAUUGAAGACGGUGCACUCCAGCAACAUUCAGCAGAAAUGCAUACACAAGCCAUUUAUGUAUUGAUGAUAGGAUAAUGUAUAUCAUAUAAAUAAAUGUAAGGAUAAAC